AUGAAGAAAGAAAACACACUUGAUACCACAUUGAAUUUCUCGAACUACCGUUUUGUAAUGAGCAGCUUUGAACUCUACGAGACCAAGACUCGAUAUUACUUGAUAGGUACAAAUCAGUCAAAGCAACGAUAUAGAGUUCUUCAGAUUCAUCGAACGAACCCCAAAGAGCUUGUGGUGAUCGAGGAUGAUGUAGUCUAUACCCAGCACGAGAAGUCUAAACUCUUAAAGAUGAUCGAGGAUGGAAAUAUGUCUGUUGGUGGCCUUCAUCUAGUACCUAUGCGGAUUUAUGGUGUAGUUGGAUUUGUGCGCUUCACCCAAGGGUGGUACAUGAUUUUUAUCACCAAACGCAAGCAAGUCGCCCUAUUGGGAGGUCAUUACAUUUAUCAUAUCGAUGAAACACGACUGGUACCAGUGGGUCUUCAGGUUAAGAUUGACAAGAAUUCAGAUGAAGCUAGAUACAUUACCACCUUUCAGAACAUAGACUUAACCAAGAAUUUUUACUUCUCUUAUACGUAUGACCUCACAAAUACCCUCCAAGUCAACAUGACACAAUCCCCACUACAGUCUGAAGGCAAAGAGCCUAGAGAGAAAACAUCUUAUGACUAUAACGAUAUGUUUGUGUGGAACCAUUAUCUACUGAAAUCUGGAUUUAAAGAUCUACGUAGUCGAUCUGGCUGGAUUUUACCACUCAUUUAUGGAUUCUUUGACCAGGCUAAGAUAUCUGUAUUUGGGAGAAGUAUUGUGGUUACUUUGAUCGCCCGUCGAUCUCGUUACUUUGCAGGUGCCCGUUUUCUCAAACGUGGUGUGAAUGACAAGGGAUUUGUAGCCAACGAUGUGGAAACUGAGCAGAUUGUGGCAGAAAUGACAACCACCUCUUUUCAUUCUACAGAUCGAUUGUACGGAAAUCCUCGUUACACCUCUUAUGUACAACAUCGUGGAUCAAUUCCUCUAAUUUGGUCUCAAGAUACAACCAACAUGUCGCCAAAGCCUCCGAUCGAACUCAAUGUUGUCGACCCUUUUUUCUCUGCUGCGGCAUUGCACUUUGAGAAUUUAUUUACAAGAUAUGGUACACCAUGUAUUGUGCUGAACCUAAUUAAGCAAAAGGAAAAGACAAAGCGAGAGUCAAUUCUAGGAAAGGAAUAUGCAGAGGCAGUAGACUACUUGAAUCAAUUCUUACCAAAAGAUAAGCGUAUAAAAUAUAUUGCGUGGGAUAUGUCUAGAGCAUCAAGAAGUCAUGAUCAAGACGUUAUUGGAUAUCUGGAGAAAAUUGCUGAAGAAACAAUGGAAGCAACAGGCUUCUUUCACAGUGGAUUUGAGAUUCCUCCUCGACGAGCAUACACCCGCCAGCAUGGUGUAUUGCGUACAAAUUGUAUUGAUUGCUUAGAUCGUACCAAUGCUGCCCAAUUUUUGAUGGGAAAAUGUGCACUUGGGCAUCAACUCUAUGCAUUGGGUGUUAUUGGAUCUCCAAAGAUUGACUUUGACUCGGAUGUUGUGAACAUCUUUACGGAAAUGUAUCAUGACCAUGGUGAUACGAUUGCGCUACAGUAUGGUGGAUCUCAUCUUGUGAAUACAAUGGAGACUUAUCGUAAAAUCAAUCAGUGGACUAGCCACCCUCGUGACAUGAUUGAAUCUAUAAAGCGCUUUUACGCCAAUGCAUUCUCAGACGCCGACAAGCAGGAUGCCAUCAAUCUAUUCCUUGGAAAUUAUGUUACCAAAGAUGGUCAGCCCAUGCUUUGGGAGCUCAAUUCAGAUUACCAUCUACAUAACCAAGAUCCACGUCUAAAGACAGCUCAUCACGAUUAUCGCAAAUGGUUUUCUGAGAAAGCUCUUCAUUCUCAGGAUUAUGAGAUGGAUCCAGCUCUAUUUACGAUCCCGCCUUCUUUUCGUGUCCCUGCCAUCAAUCCGGAUGAAAGCGAUCCCUUCCAUGGUUAUUGGGAAGAGUAUUACACGCAUCGUCAAUUAACUUCACUUGACAGCUUAUUCUUCUUCAAUAUGAACGGCACAUUGAAAUACCGUCCUCCAAAGCUUGUCUUGGGCUCUAAGGAUUGCGAAGGACCGUAA